UCCCAUUGGGCCUGUAUCUCAGCUUCCCUCUCUCCCACCCAAAACUGUCGGCAAAGUGACAUUUUGCACGGACAAGCUCACAUGUACGCACAGACCAUGGACGCAUAUCUUGGCGUCAGGGAGGAAGUGAUCAAGACAGCCUUGUCUGUAUCCAUCGGAGCUCUUGCCGAUGACGUGGAGGAGCGCCCUUUCGUCGCGAGGGAGAUCGGCAACAACGGCCCUUCUUCGCAGGUCAUAGUGGCCUUCGCCGGAUCAUGGUCUCCGGACGACUGGUUCGCCGGCGACGGCGAAGCAAAGCCCUUCGGAGAGGCCAAGAUCGACGACAAGAAGUUCCCUUCUCUCAGGAGCGAGUUCCCUUCUCUCAGGAGACUCGGGACCGAUGCGUUCGCCGUGGUCAACGAGGGAUUCGCGGCACGGUUCCUAAGGAUUCUGGAGGAGGAUGGCAAUCAAACGUUCCGCAAGGAGGUGGCAAAGGCAGUGGCGGACGGCAAGCAAAUAACAUUUUCAGGCUAUUCGUCGGGCGGUCCUAUCGCGAUAUACGCGACUGUUUGGUUCCUUGAGAAGUACAUAAGAUCAAACGAGAAGCAGACUUCCCGUCCUCGUCCUCGUCGUCCUCUCUGUUUAACAUUCGGAUCCCCACUUACCACCGACCGCACCUUUUGCCAUGCCGUCCAGCGUGACGGCUGGUCUGAUUGCUUUGUUCACUUUGUUGCGAAACUCGACAUGGUUCCCCGGAUCCUACUCACUCCUCGCUCUUCCGCAACGGAGUUGCUACGAGAAAUUCCCCCUUUCUUCGACCCUCAUCACAAAGCUGACAGAGCAAAACUGGCUUCCUUAUUUGGGAAUGUGAUGAAGAAUGCAGCAUGUGCCGCAAGUUACGCGGCUUGUGCGGUAACGGGGAGCAAACAUACAUUAUUUGACACCAUGUCUAGAUUCAUCAAGCGAAGCCCUUACCAACCGUGCGGGCAAUAUGUCUUUUUCACCGAGACUGGCAGGUUGGUGGUCGUGAAGAACCCGGACGCGGUUCUUCAACUGUUGUUUUACUCCUUACAGAUCGAGUCCGAAACAGAGCUUCCGAAGAUAGCAGUGGCAAGCUUAGAGGCACAUUGGACAUAUAGAGAUGCAUUAGAUAGAUGCUUGGCCACGCACAAUGUAGUUUGUUUGGAGAACCUCCGAGAUUUACCUCUCAGCUCAGAUGAUCCUGUCGAUAUUAACGUCAAGACGAUCGGUGCCGCACUGAAUGACCUUAACCUGAGCACAACGGCGAGGCUGUGCCUUCGGGCUGCUGGAGAGUUGGAGAAGCAGAAAGAGGAUAACAGAAACGCGAUCCAAGAGAAGAAGGACGCCAUAAACAAAGCCCUCAAAGCAUUAGAGGAGUACCGGACCACGUGCAGGAACGACGGCGUGGGAUAUUAUGACGCUUUCAAGAUGCAGAAGAAAGAAGAAGACUUCAAGGCCAACGUGAAGAGACUUGAGCUGGCAGCUAUGUGGGACGAGAUCAUCGAAAUGAUAAAACAGGAGCGCCUCCCUGACAAAUUCGAGGCGGAGAAAGAAUGGGUGGACCUCGGCACGCUGUUUCGCCGGCUCGUGGAGCCAGUAGACAUAGCCAACUACUAUCGGCACAUGAAGAACGAAGACGCGGGUCCUUACAUGACCAAAGGAAGGCCAAAGCGGUACCACUACCCGCAAAGAUGGCGAGAACAUGCCGAGCAGUUGGAUAGAGAUUCAAGCGGCGAAUCCUGCUUUUUGGCAGAGGUGGAGGACCUCAACGUCGAAGUUGCUAACAAGAAACCAUGGACCAGCAUAAAGGACAGGGUUUUGGAUUUGGAGAAGAAGCUGAACGAUUGGAAAGCUAAAAAGGAGGUGAACGAUGAUGUGUUCUUAGAUAAGAGCACGCUUGUUGAGUGGUGGCGAAAACUCCCUAGAGAACACAAAGCAAAAUCCUGCAUCAAAGGACUCAUGGAAAGCCAGACCUAGCAACUGGCUCGCAUCAUUCCACGGGGAUUCAUAUACCUUUUCAGUUGAUUUUCACUGUAAAAUAAGUGUUAACAAUGAAAUAAGUUAACCUGCAAAAUGUAGGAGAGAACCUC